GCAAGAUAAAAGUGGGCGUUGUACAAAAUACACAACACCUGCAGGGCCAAUCAGCUGUUCUUGAGAAAGAUGGCCGCCUUUGUAAUUCCUCGUGCGGCGAAUUUUGCCAAAUUUCGGCAUGUCACAACUGUAGUUAGUGUUUUUCCCAAUUGCGAGGCUCUAAUUAAAAACCACACAUCAGUUCGGCAUCACAGCCUGUCGGCCUGCAGAUCGCAGAACAAUGUGCUGCGUUCAGCAAUGUCCACUCGUUCGCCGGGCGUGCUCUUGGCGUGGAGGGCGGCCAGCACAACGCCAGACCCAAACACAUUCGUCAAGUACAGCGGCCCUUCGACGCCUCCGCAGUCGGUCCAGGAGAAAGAGAGCUUCGUGUCUGAGGUGACACUAGAAGAUAUUCCAGCUCCUCCUGAAUUGCCAACUGUCGAGCCGGAAUUGCUAAAUGCGCUUGGCGAACCGACUCUCCAGUCGUUGGGCCUGGGUGGAUGGACGCCGCCUGGGAUUCUGCAAAACUGCAUGGAGUUCCUUCACGUAGACUGCGCGCUUCCCUGGUGGGGCGCUAUCAUGACAGGAACUCUGGUUGCGAGGUUAGUGAUGUUCCCGUUGGUGGUGAAGGCGCAACAGAACUCUGCGAAAAUGAACAAUAAUUUGCCGCAGAUGCAGGUCUUACAAAUGAAAAUGUCUGAAGCUAGACAAACCGGCAAUCAACUUGAUGCCGCAAGAUAUGCUCAGGAACUGAUGGUUUUCAUGAGGGAGAAAGAUAUCAGUCCCUUCAAAAACAUGCUGGUACCUCUGGCGCAGGCUCCGAUUUUCAUCUCCUUUUUUGUUGGUCUCAGAAAAAUGGCAAACGCACCAGUUGAGAGUUUCCACACUGGCGGCAUUUUUUGGUUCACAGACCUGACAGUUUGCGAUCCUUACUACAUUUUGCCCGUCAUCACGAGUUUAACUCUGUGGGCCACCAUUGAGGUUGGCACCGACACAGCCAGACUGUCAAGCCAGAACAUGCACUUAAUGAAAUACGUCCUCAGGGCAAUGCCAAUCAUCAUUUUCCCCUUCACAAUGAAUUUCCCAGCUGCUAUUCUUUGUUACUGGAUGUCUUCGAAUUUCAUUUCCUUGGUGCAAGUGGCGUUCUUGAAAAUUCCCUCAGUUAGGGAGUAUUGCAAUAUUGAGAAGCUCAUCACGCACGACCCCAACAGUUUGCCAAGGAAGAAUAAGGGAUUUGUCAAGGGAUUUAAAGAAUCCUGGGACAACAUGAAGGUGACAAAGGAGAUGGAGGAGAGGGCGAGGUUCAACGAUUCGCAGUUCCAGAAAUACGGCGAGGGUCCGAUCCCAAAGACCUACAAGUUCGACCCAACGCGACAGAGGAAUGCAGUUGCCGCGAAGAAGCGAGACAAGUAGAGGGAAAUUUACCAGCUGCAUGGACACUUAAUUACUGUUACUCGCUCGUGAUGCCAUCGGAAGUGAAAGCAUGCUUAUUAUUUUCAUGAAAUCGUGUUGAGUAGAUCAAUAUAAAGACUUACAUCAAAUAAUUGUAAAA